GCUGCCAGCCUACACGUGCGCGCUUGUUGGAAUGCUGGACUCCACGUUUUGGGUGCAACGCACCGACGGUGUUCCCCUAGAUCCCCACUAUCCCGUCUGUUCCCAACAUACACUAAAAAACCAUUAACGAGAAGGAGACGCAAUGUUUUUAACAGUGAACAGAAAUGGCGGACCAGUUCACAAUAAAGAAUAGACGAUUACAGCUUGGAAAUCCUGCUGUCACACCCCCUGCCCGCCCCUCCGCGCUGCUUUUUGCACCUAAAUACGAGACGCGAUCAUUGGCGGUUUCGCUGGCGGUCAACUGGACUUCUUCACACUUGUCUCGAGCAGUUUGUCGAUAUUUGGCUUUUUUUAAAACAAUGUCAGCUCAUAUUUAUCCUUAGGCUAGAUUGUACUUGCAAAGAAAAGGGGAAGACAGAACAGCAAAGAGGAAAAGAGGCAGCCAGUCUCUACGCUUUCUGGGAGGCUGGCGUUUGGGGCGGCGCGUGGUGGGCACUCUCUCCUUUCCACGCGCUACAGCAGGUUUUCAGAACGUAGUCGGGGUACACCAACAAGAGGACUGAAGUGAAACACGGGUGGACAAUUCAGGCACCAAAAUCCGCAAAGUCCCGGGACAGGGAGAGCUUCACCACAUCGCUACUCGGAAGGAGACAUUUUGGUCAUAACGUUUUGGGAGCAAACUAUGGAACUCCUCUUGCCUCUUGCCACAUUUGAAACGAACUUCUGUGACAGUCUGCUGAAAACUAUCAGUUAGCAGCCUCUUCCCUCCCCUUGAACACUACAGAGCACUUUGUUAAAUCGGGGGAAGAAGAAUAAAUCCUUGUUUACACAUACCAGUCAUCUUAAAUCAUUAAGCUAGAUAUCUUAUUUUUUUCAUUAAUUGAUUAUUUAUUUCCUUUUUAAUUUUGCACUUCAAGAUGGAGAUGGAUCAUUACUUGUGGAUGGUAAUCCUGGGCUUCAUCAUUGCCUUUGUUCUAGCCUUUUCAGUGGGUGCUAAUGAUGUGGCUAAUUCAUUUGGGACAGCUGUGGGCUCAGGGGUAGUUAGUCUACGUCAGGCUUGCAUCCUAGCUUCAAUAUUUGAGACCCUUGGUUCAGUGCUGCUAGGCGCCAAGGUGGGAGAGACCAUACGAAAAGGCAUUAUAGACGUUAACCUUUACAACAACUCUGUAGAAGUUUUAAUGGCCGGAGAAGUCAGUGCAAUGGUUGGUUCUGCUGUAUGGCAGCUCAUUGCUUCCUUCUUAAAGCUGCCUAUUUCUGGAACACACUGCAUUGUGGGCUCUACCAUUGGGUUUUCCCUGGUUGCUAUUGGUACACAGGGUGUUCAGUGGAUGCAACUGGUCAAGAUUGUUGCCUCUUGGUUCAUUUCUCCUCUGCUGUCUGGUCUGAUGUCUGGGUUGCUUUUUCUUCUUAUUAGAUUCUUCAUAUUGAACAAGGAUGACCCAGUUCCAAAUGGACUCCGUGCACUUCCUUUAUUUUAUGCUGCUACUGUAGGAAUUAACACCUUCUCAAUCAUGUAUACCGGGGCCCCAUUGCUUGGACUGGACACUCUUCCACUUUGGUCAAUAGCGCUGAUGUCAUUAGCUGGUGCCCUUGUUUGUGCUGCUAUAGUGUGGUUUUGUGUGUGUCCCUGGAUGAAAAGAAAAAUCACAAGUCGAUUAAAGAAAGAACAUGCCCUCUCAAGAAUAUCAGAUGAAAGUUUAGACAAAAUACCAGAGGAGGAUGCCCCUGUUUUUAAGGAGUUACCAGGAGCAAAAAAUGCAGAUGAAUCUGUUGUCCCCCUCACCAGUGGUGCUACUGAAUCAACUGUAGAAAAUGAGGCACUUUCCAAUGGGAGUACAGUUUUUCCUAAAGGAAGAGUGUAUGGGAGAACAUCUUCCAUGACCAAUGGAUGUCUCAAAUCACCUCUGUCCAAUGGAUCUUUCAGCUUUGAUGGCCACAUGCGAAGCGAUGGCCACGUGUACCAUACAGUUCAUAAAGACUCUGGUCUUUACAAAGAUCUUCUACAUAAAAUUCACUUGGGUCGCAUGGAAGAUGACCGUACUCCUCCAGUACCUGACAACUCUUAUCGCUUGCUUCGUCGCAACAACAGCUAUACAUGCUAUACUGCAGCAAUCUGUGGCAUGCCUGUUCAGCCAGCUUUCAGAUCAUCUGAGCCGACUGCUCCCGAGGACAGUGAGAAGUUGGUGGGAGAUUCUGUAUCAUACUCUAAGAAGCGCGUUCGCUAUGACAGUUACUCAAGUUAUUGCAAUGCAGUUGCAGAGGCAGAGAUUGAAGCUGAAGAGGGUGGGGUAGAGAUGAAAUUAUCUGCAGAUGUAAGGCCGACACCUCAACCACUCUCCCAGGAUGAUGCUAUUGAAGAGGAGAAGGAAGAAAAGGACAAGCCUCAGGUGUUCCUGCUGUUUCAUUUCUUACAGAUUCUCACAGCUUGCUUUGGUUCUUUUGCACAUGGUGGCAAUGAUGUCAGUAAUGCUAUUGGCCCACUGGUUGCACUUUGGAUGAUUUACAAGCAGGGUGGCGUAAUGCAGGAUGCCCCAACUCCAAUCUGGUUGCUUUUUUAUGGAGGUGUAGGCAUUUGUGCAGGCCUAUGGGUUUGGGGUCGAAGAGUCAUCCAAACCAUGGGCAAAGAUCUGACGCCAAUCACUCCUUCCAGUGGAUUCACUAUUGAGUUGGCUUCAGCGCUUACUGUUGUCUUUGCCUCCAAUAUUGGACUCCCUAUCAGUACCACACAUUGCAAGGUUGGCUCUGUGGUGGCUGUAGGAUGGAUCCGAUCCAAGAAAGCUGUGGACUGGCGUCUUUUUAGAAAUAUCUUUUUAGCCUGGUUUGUGACCGUUCCAGUAGCAGGAUUAUUUAGUGCUGCUGUUAUGGCUCUCUUUGUCUAUGGCAUACUUCCAUUUGUCUGAGCAUCUCAUCAUUAUCCUCUCUAUCACUCCAUGGCACAGAAAAAGACAAGCAACCUAUACAUUUUGGGUAGAGCUGGAAUGAAAAGUGAUUAGGGCAGGAGGCCAACAUUUUGUCUAAACCAUCCACAAAAAGCAAAUAAGGACUGAUUUUUAUUUUUUUCCAAUUUUAGCUUAAUGUACAUAACACUGUAUUUUUGCUGACAUGGUGGUAUAUAACUUGUAUGUGGUGCAGUUUAAAAAUAUACAUAAAUAAAUAAAUAUAUAUAUAUAUAUAUACCUACACACAUAACUAUUAAAAUGGUAUUAGUUAAAAUGAUCAAGUCAUUUUGCAAAAUGGGUGGGCAGGUAUAACAAGAAUGUUUCCCUUUGUUUUUCUUAUAAGCAAAUGUAUAUAUUGUACAUCAGUUGCAGAUGUUCUUUAUUUUUUAUUUUUUUGCUUUUAACACAGAAGAGAUGUGGUGAAUCAAAUGUUGCUUGUCAUUAUGACAUGUUUUAAAACGAGGUACUCAAUAAUCCACACUACUGAUGGUAGAGGAAGGGAGAGCGGCCACACCAUGAUUUGUUUUUCUUUUUAAUAAUAAUGCCAGAAUCUGAAAUUGAUGGCAGUGAUCUGAUUCUAAUAAAAUGUAAUGUGUAUUUUAAAAUUGACUUAACAUUUUUAAUAUUGUAUUAUAAUGUAAUUUCUACUGUAAAUACUUUUUAAACAUGAUAAAGUAUUAGUUGCCAUUAUUUUUCCUUCCUUUUUUAUUGAGGUGCAUUUCCAUAAUACCCGUUUUAAAUAAGAAAGAACUGAAUGUACCAAAGAUAUAGAAGAAUAUAAAUUGCAGCAGUAUUUUAAAAUAUUUUUCUAAUCAAUGACAGUUUUCCAGUGUCCAAAAGUUAAAGCGAUUUUACUUUCCCAUUUAACUUAGCUUAGGUUUCCCAUUUUUCUUUUUUUAUUUGCACAUGCAAGUUUUAUUUGAGUUUACCUUAUCCAGUAUAUCUUUAUAUCUUACUUUCUUUAUUAGACUAGAAUUCCUGUUUUCAAAUUGAAUAACUUUAGUAAAACUUAAGUCAUAGUCGUUAAGAGAGAUGUUCAGCAAUUGUUGCCAAUUUUGCAGCCCAGGCUUUCUAAGUUAUUAAAUGUGGAGUAAAUCUAAUUGCCAAUGAUAUAUUUGAAGGUAUAAAAUUUUCAGCAUAAAGUAUUUUUUUAAUCUCUCAUAUAUUAUAUUAUAUUAUAUAAUAUAAUAUAAUAUAAUAUGAUAUAAUAUAAUAUAGAGAGAGAGACUUGAGCUUUGUAAUUUUGUUUCCCGGAUUUUAGUUUUUUUUUAACCCACAUUUAAUAAUUUACUCCCUAAUUAUUUCAAGAGCAUCAUGAGUCAAGAAAAUACUUCAGUCCUAUAGGGUAAAAAUCCCAUAGAAAUAAUUACAGUUUGUGUAUAAAUAUAUCUACAAAAAACAAACAAUAAUCAAAGGUGUCAAAAUAUCGGUCUGGAAGGAGUGGAGGCCACAAUGUCACAUACUUUAAAGCAGAUUUUGUGAUAUUGCCCAGUUGGUUGUCCCAAUCAAAUAUUGCAGGCUAGUCCUUGCUCUGAUAUAUACCAUGUUAGAAAUUAAUUACCCAUCAUUUUAUUUUCUUGGGUCACAAAUAGAAAUAUACAAAUGCACAAGAAGAUCUGGGAAUUGGUGUCACACUUAAGUAAAAUUAAACCAAAAUAUGCUUUAUUUUGGAUUCGGCUUAAAUCUGUUUCAUCUCAUAAUCACUAAGAAUAAAUUUUGGAAGACUCAACUUCCUAGAAGAUGCCAUUUACUUUAUGUUCUGUGAUAAUUUUUUCUGUUGUUUAAAUGACACAUUUUUUUCAUUCUAUAUUUUAUACUGUACUGUAACUUGGAUAUAUAUCUUUCACUUCUGCCAAAAGUGACCAUCUUGCGUACCUUUAAUGGGAAUUAAAAUUACAAAGACACA